UCCUGCCAAAAAAGUGUGUGUUAUACGACGAUCGGCGAGAGCCGAAAAGCACAUUGUAAAUUCCGAUCGAUCUGAUUAACUAAGUGGGCAAAGCCCUGGCAUAUCUCGCCCACUCCUGGCUGCCCAUCUGGCCAAGGCGGCACGUCCGCGCGAGAUAGUGGCGGUACCUGGUAUUUCGCCUAUCAACCAUUAUGUGUCACGAAUGCUGCACGAUCUCGGCACGAUCUGUGCGUUGGGUGCUUCGGGUUCCCAAGUAUAAAAAGUAAUGCUCGAGCUCCGCCUGCUCCCAGUAACGCGCAGCACCGGCUAUAGCAAAUAGCACUUGGAGGAGUGUCUUAUAUAUAAAGAAAUAUAUAUUCGUGGCGGUGCGGAGAAAGUAUUAGUGUUAAAGCAACAGAAAUGGCUCAGAAAAUCUUCUGCAAUAUAUUAGUGGCAAGCCUGCUUCUACUGCUGCCGUUUAGUGCCAAUGCCCGACCCUCGACGUCGGGUGUGGAGCAACCGCCGCCGGUGGAUCCCAGCGAAUAUCAUGGCAACCUGUCGGCGGAGACCAUACGGAAGGUGCAGCAAUGCGAGAAGGAUAUACCCACAAUGGAGCUGUGCAUGCGGUGUGCCAAGGUUACCAAGUCGGAUAUAGUCUAUCCCAUUUGCUGUAGCAAUGACGAUGGCAUCAAGGAUUGGUGCCGGGAGUACGUCUUCUUUGGGAUCGAAUAGAAAGGACCUAAGUUAGCAGUGAAGCAAACUCAUUGAAAAUUAAAUUAUUUCGUACUCCUGCGCAAUGGAUUGGCUGUGAUAACCUAUUGUAUUUAUUAUAAAUUAUGUAUCUAGGAAUAAACAAGGCUAAAUUAGCAUA